ACAGUGGUUAACAGGUCUGCGACCGAGGAGCCGCCAGUUCUUUUGCAUUAUCAUCUCCGGUGUGCCGUGCCCUCUGUGUUCUCAUUAGGAAACCGGAGCCCCGCAGUGCUGAGAUUGAUAUAUCGGGGACUCUUUUCUGUGAGAAUAAUUUAGCCUCUAUUCCCGGGCUGUUCUGUGGCGCAACAGAGCGCCGUGUCCGCGCCUCAGCCUGACCAGUCUGGUUGAGGCUGCUCAUCUGGCAGCAGGUGGUGUGACAUGUUGACCGGGGAAGUCACCCGCUUCUCCCCGUGAUUGUCAAAUAACAGUGAGUUAAGGUGCUCGCUCCGGACGUUAGAGGUGACAGAAAAGUGACAGCGACAGUCAGUCACUCGGAAUGCUUGGCCAAUCUCCUCACCUUAUCGGAGGCAUCUUGUGGAUCCAGAAUCCAAUGAGAGCUGUUCACUGCAACCUGAGCCAGAAUGGCAUCGACCACCAGAUGUGCCCGGAAGACGUCACGUCACAGCUGGAGGAAGAGGAGGAGUCAGUGGACGCGGGGUCUGUGCUGCUGGACGACGAUAGCCCGAGCUACCAGGACAUCAGCCCCCCCAUGUACCAGCGCCAUGCGCCGCCACACCGCUCUGUCUCGGAGUCUGAGCUGUCACGGCCAGGAUAUGUGAAACUGUCCAAGCCAGUGGCCCUGUGGACCCAGCAGGACGUGUGCAAAUGGCUGAAGAAACACUGUCCCAAUCAGCACCAGAUCUACAGCGACUCCUUCAAACAGCACGACAUCACAGGGCGGGCUUUGAUGAGAUUGACAGACAGAAAACUGGAAAGAAUGGGCAUCAUGCAGGAUGCCCAAAGGCAGCACAUCCUGCAGCAGGUCCUGCAGCUUCGCGUCCGGGAGGAAGUCAGGACCCUUCAACUUCUCACACAAGCCUCUCUGGAGUGCACUCCAUCUUCACCAUAGCCUGACGGAGAAGGACUACCCAGUCACGAAAAGGCGCAGACGCCCACCGCCUUGCCAACAUCCACCCAACAUGAUCCUCAGACUUCUUCGUGGAACAUUGACAGCUCUCUGCCUCACGCCUUUGCUCUCCGCCCUGGUCUUCUCCAAAGAUGAAUCUGGAAAGAACUCGGGCCUUCUUCCCAGCAACUCCUGAGAAGCUCCCACGAGUUCUGACUUGCUGUUUCCUCACAGUCCAAACAAUUCAUCACAGCUUCCUGGAAUCUGACCAAUACUUUCCAUUACAGACGUCCCAUCUCCAGACAUUUAUGACCUUUGCAGCCAAGCCUCCACCAGAUCUCUCACGCUAUAUAACUCCUACACUCCUCUCAGACAUCGCUUCACUCCCUCUCCCUCAAGAACCACAUCAACAGCCAAGCCCUCCUAACGAUCAUCUACCCAGAAUUCAGCAGUUGACUUGGCUGGGUUUCCUAAAAGCAUUUAAACACAACGAUAAUCUCCACACCGUUGCAUGUGUAUUUUCUCCCAUGAGUACUCUUGUGGUGCACUGCUGAGCCUGUCUCUGCCCUACUAAGGACUUUCAGUAGUGGCAGCAACAUAAUGACUGUCUACAGGACCGCUACUACACACCUCUCCUACCUUUAUCCCUCCUCCUUUUCCCCUAACAGACUACAACCGCAAAGUGUUGAGAUAUUUUACACCACCAUGUGUGUGUUUUGUGCUCUUUCUCUCUCUCAUUCUGCGCAUAGAUCCUGUAAACGAUGUUUGACAACGCCUGGCGAAGCAUCAGUAUCUCUCCUCACGUUUUGCCCUCUCCAUAUUGUGGAUCAUUCUCUUAGGGUAGAUAGUAAGCCUGAGAGAACUUCACUGUGAAAACAACCAACAGUUAGUAAGGGAAUAAACACUGAACCUGGCAUCACAUUAGGUACGGUUAAGUUGGCUCCCUGAAAUGAACAACAUCUUUGUAAAAAAGCAAUCUGAAGGAGAUGAAGCAGAACCUGAGAAAAAAAGGGAUGAACUACGAGAAGGAAAUUCCCUCGGUGUCCCUAAAAGCACCAUGCUAGCAGGUAAACGGAAACAAAGGGAAAGGGAGUGGCUGAAAGGAGCAAGAAAAGUAAAAAGGGCUUCGUGAACUGAGAGAUAUUUGACUUGAAAUUCUUUACUGCUUUAAUGAGGAGAGAAAAAGAAGAAAAGACAUCACAGAUAACAAAAGAAGAGCCUUUUCAUUUCCUCCCCUCUGUAUCACCGACUCUUUAUUGCUUUGUCUGCUUUCCAUCUCACUGCUUGAAACUAUUUUUAGAUGAGAUAUAUUGAAAAUAGUGUAGAAAGGAGACGUGCUGUGCACAGAAGCUCAUCAUGAAAAUGUUGUCUGUCAGUCUAUUAGGAAGAUACACUGUUCUAUUUAUCUCUGAUGAGAAACUCAAAUCUCUGUCGAUGUGAAUAAUGGCCACUCACUGUUGAUAUUGUAGGUAUUUUAACUGCACUUAAAAGGACAUGUGUCUGUCAUGAAACGUAACUACUGUUACUCGGACCAUCGUCAUCUUCUUCACUAUGUCUAUGAGUGUAAAUACAUUAUAAAAUCUUGUAGCCAGUAUAAUGACCUCUUAAUAUCAGCAGCUAAUUUCAGUGUACUGGAGUGAUAUUUAUCAAAAGCUCAUAUUCACGCCAGUGAAGCCUGACCCGUUGUCAUGGUAACAAAAUAUUUCCUUCCCUGCAUGGGAGCUGUCAAUCAGAGGAGCAUAAAAUAGGUGCUGCGGUAGGAGUUGGAAGAAAAAACGGGGUCAGAGUUGGACCCUUAGAGCCAUUGCGUUUAAAUGGGAUUCCAUUUGUACACUGGUCCCUCUGUCUACAUCCAUUCACUGUUUGGAUAGCAGCUGUAACCUAAUGCAGCAAAGACCCGUGAGCAGAUUGAAUAGUAUUGAUCAGUUCUUCUGGACAUACAGUCGGUCCUGCAGGAUUACAAAAGCCUCAAGGGGUGUGUGUGUGUGUGUGUGUGUGUGUGUGCUGACAGUCACAUAGGAAUAGAGUUGUUCGGGCUAAAACACAAGUGGCUAUUUCAUGGUCGGCUGGAGAUGCCUUGUCCAUGUCUGUCAAGGCCACCAGGAGGAAGGGGAGGGCUGAAGCUUCUGUUAAGUUUGAAACUCCUCGAGUUUGAGAUCUGGAUUCAUUUAUGCAAACGACACUUCCUGUCUCUAUAAUAUCACUAUUUUCAAGGAUAUAACAAAUUGAUAUUGAUGAAGAUAUUUUAAAAAUAAUUUGAACCCUUAUAGUAUUAAAGGAGCAGUUUGUCAUUUUGACUUAUUUGCUGAGAUGAGAGGAUUAAUUCUACUCUUAUAGAUGUAGCCUAUGCUAUUAAGCAAUUAGCUUAGCUUAGCAAAAAGACUGGGAAAUAGGGAAACAGCUAUCUUUACUCUGUCCUACCAGCUCCUCUAAAGUUCAGUAAUUUCUCAACUUAUAUCUCAUUUUUAAUUGUCAUUUUUAAAGUUUUACAGUUUUUUUGUAUGACCUUGGCAUUGUCAGGCUCUUAUGUAGAAAUAAAAAUAUGUUUCUUUGCUCUCUUGCGAAGAGUGAGAUGAUAAGUUCAAUAUAACUCUUAUUUGCCCGGUAAAUAUAAAGCUUACCUUAGCCUAGCAUACAGACUGGAGCAAAAAAGUUUAACGGUAACAAAAUCCGCCUACUAGCACCUCUGAAGCUGUUUAAUCUGUACAAGAACCAACAUGCGAAAAUGACAAACAAAUUAGAUAAAUUAGAUGUUUAUUUGUAAGUUUUAGAGUUGCUAGAAACUGGAUUUUGUUACCUUUAGACAUAGUCAAGAAAGCUAUUUCCCUGUUUCCAGUGUUUAUGCUAGGCUAAGCUAACCGGCUGCUGACUUUAGCUUCAAAUUUAUCUGACAGACAUGAGUCAUAUCAAUACUCUCAUCUAACUCUUGGCAUGGGCAAAUAUAAGCAUAUUUCCCAAAAUGUCAAACUAUUUCUUAAAGUUAAAUUCCAGGUUUUGCUCAGAUAUGGUCAGAAGCAUUCACAUUUGCACAUAAGAGCCUGACAAAACCAAGGUCCAUGCAUUUCCAAAAUCUAGAGGGGAAAGAACACAAGGCUGACUUGUGAUCUUACAGUAUAUGAAGCACUUGCAUGUAAUUUCAUCAUAUUUUUGAUUGUGGCCCAGUAAAGAAAGUACUGUGUCUGUGUUCUAACUCAGUUGUAAUUCUGCUCUUCAGCGUGGCUGUAAAGGACUAUUGAAAGCUUUUGUAACAAAAUGGAUUCCUUUACUCUCAAAGCAUCUUUUGAAAUUAUUAUUUUUCAAAAUUCAUGCAGUCUAACUUUGGGUCAAGACCUACAUUUGCUUGCAGGCUCUCCACUACAUAACAAAUGUAGCAGUGUGUUUUAGUGAUCCAUAUCCCAGGCUACAGCACCGUAAUAACCCUGGGUCUAGGCAGUAAAAUAUUGAUUCCCAGAGUAUGCUCGCUUUCUACUUGCAGCGAGGGAAUAGAUUUUCCUCUAGAGGCACGAGGGAAACUUUCCACUGUAUUUCUGGUUGUGAUAUCCAGGUAUAACCAGCUUGAGAUCUGGCUACUGUGCCAAGAUGUCCGAGAACUUGCCUGAACUGGCUCAGCCCAUAGUCUCCCAGUACCUGUAAGAGGUUUGGCACGCACUCAUAGAUGCUGAUACACAGUGCACUGUUACACAAGAGAACGCUAGACUAAACCUCACACAACGUUAUUGCACAAGAACUUUCACAUAUGCUGGCAUGCACGUAAGAGACACACAGACCCAGACUUUGUAUUUAAAAUACACAUACACAAGCGCGCGCACACACACACACACACACACACUUUUCUAAACAAAUUAGCAGUAAACACAGUCACAGGCGCUCGCAGGUUUCACAUUAGUUAUACAUAAACAAGUGUAGAAGCAAACAUGUAAGCGACACCUCAAACACAAUCUAAACACAGGACCACAAAUGUAAAGGGUUUUUUUUCUGCCAUGUUGACAGCAUGUUUCUAUUCUGUUCUGAGUGUUUUGUAAUCAACAGGCAUGCGGACCAAGUCUCCCAAUCUAUCUCCAUACAGUAUAAGGUGCCUAAUGAUGGAUAUUAAUAUGAUAUUGAUAUCAUGAUGAGUAUAUACAAUAAACCGAUUAAUCUUCAUGUA